AGCACGGAAAUCUCUGAUGUGGAGUCAUAAGCUAGGGAGCCUAUUGAGAAAAACAGUGUUCCCCUGUAUGGGAACGGAUAUUAAUAAUACUCUUUUCCAAAUUCGGAUCCUGAGCCUUCAGCACGAUGUCUUACCAAGAGCAGCAGUGCAAGCAGCCCUGCCAGCCUCCUCCUGUGUGCCCACCCACAAAGUGCCCUGAGCCUUGUCCUCCUCCACAGUGCCCAGAGCCUUGUCCUCCUCCUAAGUGUCCAGAGCCUUGUCCUCCUCCUAAGUGCCCAGAGCCAUGCCAGCAGAAAUGUCCUCCUGUGCAACCUCCCUCACCCUGCCAGCAGAAGUGCCCACCCAAGAGCAAGUGAAUGCUUCAGCAGUCACCAGGACCAAGAGAAGAGGAGGAAAUCUGUCUCCUAUAUCUCCCUAGUAACACUCCCAUCCUCACUUCAAGUCUCUCAUGGAUACAGAAGAAUCGUCUACAUUUUUGUUCUCCACGUGUCUGUGAUGUCCCCUCAUAAGGAGGGCAUUUCUGUGAGGUGGUUGUGUUUCUACUGAGAAUGGUUUUUCCUGGAUUGUUAAUUGUGCCUCCGAUUUUGUGGGGGUGAGGAAGGCAGCAG